UCAUCUUACCUGGAGCCAAGUUCCGUGGCUAAUUUCAAUUACAAAAGAGCCAGCUUAAUUCAUAGCGAGUUGUUGGAAAAGGAGUUCACAGAAAAGCGCAGAGAAUUGAAAUUUGAUGGUCGCCUUGAAAAAGAGCUUGCUGAAUCCUAUGCAUUUCUUAUGGUUGAUCGACCUCAGGUGCAAAACAUAUGUGAGAGAGGACUUCAGGUGGGCCAUUCCAAAAUAACAAUCCUUGGUAGUCCUUCCAUGGGUGUGUAUCUCUCUAGGUAUGCGGAUCUAUUGCAAGCAAAUCCCCUAGAACCUGGAGCAACUGGUGAUGUGAUUAUUUUUAAAAUAAUAAAGGGAAAAAUGAAGAGCAUAUAUGAUCAUAUGGGUGUGAAACCAAUGGAAUCAACAGUUAAAAGUGCAUUAGAUCCAACACCAAAGCAUGAAUGUCAUGUUUCAAAGAAUGUGAAUAAAGUAACAUCCUUGUUGGCAUAUAGAGCAUAUGAGCUUACUCAGUAUUAUUUUUAUGAGUAUGGCUUUGAUGAAAUAAGGCGCAGGCCAAGACAUGUAUGUCCAUAUGCUGUUGUUUCAUUUGCAUACAAGGAUGAAAUGGUACAAGCACCAAAGUUUAUACCUCCAUCAAGAUCAAACAGUUUUAAUGCAGACAGAAAUGCAGAUAAGACUAACUACACCUUAUGGAGAGGACAGCUUUUGAAUAAAGGGAAGCUUUUAUGUCAUGCUGCUUUGAAGUCAGCAACACGUCCUUUCCUUCCAUGCAAGCUUCCAGAGAAGCUUAAUGUUGAAACUGUAAUGAACAUUGAUCAGCUGAAGAAAAAAGUUUCACCAGCAUUGUUCUACAAGGAAACUUACCUAGGGACAAAGGAAGUGUUUAAAAAUGGAAUGUACUGCAGCCUGUAUGAAGUUGUGGAAAAAUCAAGGUCUGGAAGUAACUUGGAAGGCUUACUUCAAAAACUAGAAAAAGAAAAAUUAGUUCUUGUUAAACCUCUUGGGGACAGAGGAUAUCUUUUCCUUCUUUCUCCUUGGCAAAUGACAUCCCCAUAUGAGCACCAAACUGCCAGGUCCCGUAUUCUACAUGCAUUGUUUCUGUUUCAGGAACCUAGAGGUGUAGUGAGUUCAACCCCCAAAAAUAUUCCAUUUGCAGCCCAGAAAAGUUCAGCUACACCAGUGUUGCAGGAGAAUCAUGAGAUUUUGCCAGAACUCACAAAGUUUAUUCAGUCACUACAUUUUGCUCUCAUUCAGUCUCGUAAAGAUACAACUGCAAGUUUCAACACUGUUGUGGAAAAGUAUAUAAAUGAAUAUUUGAAGCGUUACUAUAGUGGCUCUGGCAAAUAUAGGGAAUUUGUAUUGUACCCAUAUGAGUCACGGUUGGAUGACAGAAAGUUUCUCUAUUCUGGUCCAAAAAACAAAUCUCAUAUUGAUAGCUCAUUGAGAAACUACAUUUUUUGUUCAGAGGCCUAUCAACUCCCUAUUUCUAAAGCAAAAGAACUGAUGGAAGGAAAUCAGAAAGUUCAGCAGUUCAGUCCUGUUUCAGAUUAUGAAGCCCCGGAAGAUGACCCUGACUUAACAAACACAAAAACUGGUAAAAAAGGUGGUUCUAAGAGUGAACCAGUUUUAGUCAAACGAAAGCCUCCUCAUCCUGGGGACUAUGAUCCUGAUAGACUCAAAGAAUUGAUUAACUUAAUUCAGUGUAGGAAAAAAAAUGUUGGUGGAGAAUCUGAUGCAGAAGAUGUUAGAAACAAAAGUGGACUGAAACGAAGACUAGAAAGUCAUUCUGAAACUCUGCGAAAACACUUAAAAAUGAGUGAAUCUUCAGAAAAUAGUUGCCAGUAUGAAGGGGGGAAAACCUCAGAAUCACCACAGUCUGUUUCCUCAAUAAUUACUGGCCUUGGUGGACAUGAUACUGAUUUGAGACAGCAAGAUUUAUUGGACCCUGCUGUAACUGACACACAUGGCCUAAUUAAACUACUUUUAGAAACACUAGCUAGUGCAGGACACUUGGAUUCAUCGUUGGCACGGUCUGUAAACCAAGCUCUAGGACUGAACGCUGAUGAAGCAGAAGAGGAUUUAAGGCAAAAACAUGAAUAUGAAUCGGUUCUAGCACACGAUAAAGAAGAACAACAUGCACUUCCUACUAGUGCACAAGCUGAAAACAUAAACUUCAAGGACCCACAGAGCCCAGGAAUGUUAGAAACUGAUGCAACAUGUUUAUCUUAUCCUAUUGAUGUUGACCUAAGGCUUUCUACUAAUGAAGUAGCCAGCGAACACACGCUACGUUUAAAAGAGCCAAGUACUGGAAGCGUUAGUAGCUUUGACGAUUACAGUCCAUGCCCAAGCACACCCAUUGAACAUGUUUAUCGCAGGCAACAUUCCAACUCAAAUAAUGUGGGAGAGCCUGGAAUACACUGGAAACUGAUUCCAAUUACAGGUCUGAAAUCACCAGAAGAACAACUGGUGUAUUUACCACCAAAGGAUGCCUUUCCUAAUGACCCCCGGGUAAUAAAUAGACAGAGAAGUUCUGAUUACCAGUUUCCAUACUCUCCAUUUUCAGACACGCAAAAAGGGACAGCAGAAGAUGGACUGUACACAAGGCAAGUGGCGAAACUUGAAGAUAAAUGUGCGCUAACAGAUCAUCCUUUUCCACCUAAGCACUCCAUAAGCGGAAUAAUAGAGACAACGUUAUUAGAAGAAUACAGUCUAUUUGCAAGAAAGAUUCAGGAAAUUUUGCAACAAAAAAAUAUUGCAUAUGUUAGUGGAAUAUCUACGCCAGUCUUUUCAGCCCAUGAACGGUUAAUGAGACUGUCUGAAUAUAUAUGUUUACCAGCUUCAGAAAUCCCUGUCCAGGAAUAUAUAGAAAAACUGAGUGAAAAGCUGAACAAUGUUGUUGCUUUGUCAUCUUCACUUGGCCAGCAUACUCCGCCAGUUAAUUCUAGUCCUGAACCAGGAGGGGAUGGGGCCACUGAUACUGCAUCAAAUCCUCCAACAGAACAAGCUCCAGCUGCUUCAAGUGACUUUGCCACUGCACUGUUACCAGAGAGACAAUGUAACAAUAUGGUGGAAGAUCCCAAUUCUAAUGAGCAGCAUCCAUUAACGAGCUUGGUCUUAGCAAAAGAAAAGGUUCGUGUGAAUGCCAAAGUAGAGGAUAUUUCAGCCUCUGAUCAGAACACUUCCAGUGUUGAUCCACUGGAACCACCGGCAAAGACUCAAAGGUCUCCAGACAAUUUAAACAUUUCAGGCCAGCCAGCACUCUCUGACUUUAUAAGCCAAUUAAAACCUGAAGUGUUCAGCAGCUUAGUCAAAAUAAUAAAGGAUGUACAGAAAAACACUGUGAAAUUUUACAUUCAUGAAGAAGAAGAAAGUACACUCUGUAAAGAAAUAAAGGAAUACCUUACAAAAUUAGGUAAUACAGAGAGCCAUCCAGAAUUGUUCUUGAAAAGAAGAGCUGAUUUAGAUAAACUUCUGAUAAUUAUUCAAAAUGAAGAUAUUGCCAGCCUCAUCCAUAAGAUUCCUGGUUUGGUAACUUUGAAGAGGCUGUCAUGUGUCAGUUUUGCUGGGGUUGAUAGCUUGGAUGAUGUGAAAAACCAUACUUACAAUGAAUUGUUUGUUUCUGGUGGUUUUAUUGUAUCAGACGAAUCUGUUCUUAAUCCAGAGUCUCUCACCGUUGAUAAACUUGAACACUUCCUAAAAUUCCUUGAGGAUCUCAAUACCCCAGAUGGGAAAUGGCAGUGGAAAGUUCACUGUAAAAUACAAAAAAAACUUAAGGAGCUUGGGAGAAUGAAUACUAAUGCCCUGGAACUGCUGAGAUUUCUGAAUAUUUAUCAAAAGAAGCACCUGGUCGAGAUUCUGUCCUAUCAUAAUUGUGACUCCCAAACUCGAAAUGCUCCAGAAUUAGACUGUCUUAUCAGGCUUCAGGCUCAGAAUAUUCAGCAAAGACAUGUUGUCUUCUUAACAGAAAAGAAUGUCAAAACAUUUUCCAGUUAUGCUGAUAACGGAAUAGUAGUUGCUGCAGUUGAUGACUUCAUGCAAAACUUUAGAAGUCUUGUUGGGUACCACAAUUCAAUUACUGAAGAAAACAGCCUUCCUCCACCACCUGGUGUUCACGAAAGACAAUCAGCUCUUGUAGAGAGUGAUGAAAAGGAUGAGGAGGACAUGUCUUUGGAUUCAGGGGAUGAAACAUCACAAAUAGAAAUCUGCAGCGAUGCCUCUAAGUAUGAUUCACAUUCAGAAGGUCUGCAUACAGAGGCCAGGUGCCCAUCUGGAACAGAUACAAAAAAACCCUCUCUAACUGAUGAGCAGCUAUCUUCUGAAGGACAAACUGGUUUGGUGGAAAAGACUUCUAAAACUGAUUUGGGUGACAUGCAGCCAAUUACUCCAGUUUCUACAACGUGCUCGACAGAAGGAGAAAAAAACAGUUCAAUAGAACAAGUUCCUUUCAACAAUUUUCAAGUUUACAGUAGACAGCUAAGCAUGUCCCAUCAGUUCAGUCAUUUUAAUGUUCUCACUCAUCAGACUUUUCUGGGAACAACAUACCCAAUUUCCACAAGUCAAAACCAAGAAGGUGGGAAUUACUUUCUUUCUGCUUACAGUCAGAACAUGGAUACAGACAAGACUUCAUCUCCUAGCAAUUGGGAUGUAAAUUGUGAUUCUUCCAGGCCAUAUUCAAAAUAGAAAUAAACACAACUAAAACUUUUUGUAUAGGUUGUUGUGGACUCUUUUCUGUUUCUUAAAAAAAAAAAAAAGUGAAUUAACAAUUUCUAUUUUAUUCUCUGAACAAAAUGUUCUUGUCCUCUCUCUCAAAUGUUUUCCUGUCUUAUUUAAAUGAUGGCCUGUACCAAUUAAAGCAUCUGAAAUUUGAAAUAAAUAUAUAUAUAUUUUUAACAUUUAUUGUACUUGAAUUAUCUUGUUUGUUGGCACUUUUAAGUUUUUUUACAUUUGUAUUGACCUGUACUUGGACUUCAGUUUGAAGUCUGUUUUAAUGUAAAACUGAAUGUUUGCCUAAGGUAUGUGAAACAGCAAGCUUCAUUUUUUUUUUUUAAGUAAACUGUAAUACACUCUUCAAGCCACUCUUCUUUUCAUGAAGAUCAAAACUGUUAUGUAUUUAUUUGACAUCUGACACAAAUUUUGUACAAAUGUUUUUACAUAGCUAUAAGGCAGUGUAGUUAUUUUAAUGACAUUAUACUGGAUUUUUGGCAAAAUACCUCAAUUAGAGUAAACAAUGGUGCAGUUCCAUUUUGAGAAAUAAACUCUUCAUGCACAAGGGA